UUUAUUACUGCCUUAAUCUGCGUUAAAAUGAGCAGAGUUUACAUUGGCAAUCUUUCUUCUCGUGCUGAUGAACGUGAUAUUGAAGAUUUCUUUAGAGGAUUUGGACGAAUUCGUGCUGUUAUGCUUAAAAAUGGCUUUGGUUUUGUGGAUUUUGAUGAUUCUCGAGAUGCUGAGGAUGCUGUUUACGAACAAAACGGUCGUGAGCUUUGCGGAGAACGCGUUGUUGUUGAAAUUUCUCGUCGAGAACGUCCUGGUGAAAGUGGUGGUGAUUAUCAUAGUAGUAGUGGUGGCGGAGGAUACCGAGGUAGCGGAGGUGGAUACCGUGGUGGCGGAGGAUAUCGUGGUGGCGGGGGCUAUCGCGGAGGGGGUGGAUAUCGUGGUGGCGGCUACCGAGGUGGAGGAGCUUUACAUCGUUUCAGCGCUCGCUAUGGUCCACCUAUCCAAACACGUUAUCGGAUGCUUGUGUACAAUCUGUCUACUCGGUGCUCAUGGCAGGACCUUAAAGAUCUAAUGAGAAAUGCUGGUGAGGUGACAUAUGCAGAUGCUCACAAAAAAACUCGAAAUGAAGCAGUCAUAUGUUUUGCUUCACAUGAGGAUCUUCGUCGUGCUCUCGAUCGUUACCAAGGUAAAGAUAUAAAUGGUCGUCGUAUAAAAUUAGUCGACGAUUCUGAUGGCUAUGGUGGAGGUGGUGGUGGGGGUGGUCGUCGUAGUCGUUCUUGCUCACGUAGCCGUUCUGCUUAUCGUUCACGUAGCCGCUCUCCACCUUCUCGAUCGGCUUCUCCAGCUGAAAAUGGACGUUCUCGAUCACGCACUCGUUCACGUAGUCGUUCUCUUUCAAGUGCGUCAAAGAAGAGUGGCUCUCCACGAAUGUAAAACAAUGACACACAGUUUUUAAAUGAAUUGAGUUAAAAAUUCUUUUGCUGCAUUCAAAUAUUUUGUA